AUGGUCCGGGAAACCAGGCACCUCUGGGUGGGCAACUUACCGGAGAACGUGCGGGAGGAGAAGAUCAUCGAGCAUUUCAAACGAUAUGGACGUGUUGAAAGUGUCAAAAUUCUCCCUAAAAGGGGAUCCGAAGGUGGAGUGGCUGCCUUUGUGGAUUUUGUGGACAUCAAAAGUGCACAGAAGGCUCACAACUCAGUCAACAAAAUGGGUGACAGAGACCUACGGACGGAUUAUAAUGAACCAGGCACCAUUCCGAGUGCUGCUCGGGGAUUGGAUGAUACAGUUUCCAUAGCAUCUCGUAGUAGAGAGGUUUCUGGGUUCAGAGGAGGUGGUGGAGGGCCUACUUAUGGCCCCCCACCAUCACUUCAUGCACGGGAAGGACGUUAUGAGCGGAGACUUGAUGGGGCUUCAGAUAACAGGGAGCGUGCUUAUGAACAUAGUGCCUAUGGACACCAUGAACGGGGGACGGGAGGAUUUGAUCGGACAAGACAUUACGAUCAGGAUUACUAUAGAGACCCUCGAGAGCGGACUUUACAGCAUGGGCUCUAUUAUACUUCUUCUCGGAGUCGAAGUCCAAACCGCUUUGAUGCACAUGACCCCCGUUACGAACCUAGGGCCCGGGAGCAGUUUACAUUGCCCAGUGUGGUACACAGGGAUAUCUACAGGGAUGAGAUUACACGGGAGGUACGAGGCAGAAGGCCAGAACGGAGUUACCAGCACAGCAGGAGUCGCUCACCACACUCAUCCCAGUCUAGGAAUCAGUCUCCCCAGAGGCUGGCUAGCCAAGCGUCUAGACCGGCCAGGUCCCCUAGCGGCAGCGGCUCUAAGAGUAGAUCUUCAAGUAGUGAUUCACUCAGCAGCAGCAGUAGUACCAGCAGUGACAGCAGCGACUCCAGCAGUAGUUCAAGUGAUGAGUCUCCGGCACGGUCAGUUCAGUCCACGGCAGUGCCAGCACCCACUUCUCAGCUGCCUCCAUCUCUGGAGAAGGAAGAGCCCCGUAAAAGUUUUGGGAUCAAGGUUCAGAAUCUCCCAGUGCGUUCAACAGACACAAGCCUUAAAGAUGGCCUUUUCCAUGAGUUUAAGAAGUAUGGGAAAGUGACUUCGGUGCAGAUCCAUGGGGCCUCGGAAGAACGGUAUGGCCUGGUAUUCUUUCGCCAGCAAGAGGACCAGGAAAAAGCACAGAAUGCGUCAAAAGGAAAACUCUUCUUUGGCGUGCAGAUUGAAGUGACAGCGUGGGUAGGGCCAGAAACAGAAAGCGAGAAUGAAUUUCGACCCCUGGAUGAGAGGAUAGAUGAAUUCCACCCCAAAGCAACAAGGACUCUCUUCAUUGGCAACCUAGAAAAGACUACCACCUACCAUGACCUUCGCAAUAUCUUCCAGCGCUUUGGAGAAAUUGUGGAUAUUGACAUUAAGAAAGUGAAUGGAGUUCCCCAAUAUGCAUUCCUUCAAUAUUGUGAUAUUACAAGCGUCUGCAAAGCUAUUAAGAAGAUGGAUGGGGAAUACCUUGGAAAUAACCGGCUCAAGCUGGGUUUUGGAAAGAGCAUGCCUACAAACUGCGUGUGGUUAGAUGGGCUUUCUACAAACAUAACGGAUCAGUAUUUAACGCGACAUUUCUGCCGAUACGGGCCUGUGGUAAAGGUGGUGUAUGACCGCUUAAAAGGCAUGGCCCUGGUUCUCUACAAUGAAAUUGAAUAUGCACAAGCAGCUGUAAAAGAGACCAAGGGGAGGAAAAUCGGUGGGAAUAAAAUUAAGGUGGACUUUGCAAACCGGGAAAGUCAAUUGGCUUUUUAUCAUUCCAUGGAGAAAUCAGGUCAAGAUAUCAGAGAUUUUUAUGAAAUGUUAUCAGAAAGAAGAGAUGAAAGACGAGGGUCUUAUGACUAUACCACUGAUCGUACAUAUUAUGAGUCCGUUCGAACUCCAGGGUCAUAUUCUGAAGAUCCUCGUAGAGAAUAUCCAGCCCGAGGGAGAGAAUUUUAUCCUGAUUGGGAUCCCUAUCAAGGCGACUACUAUGAGCCACGAUAUUAUGACGAUCCCCGAGAAUACAGGGAUUACCGAAAUGAUCCUUAUGAACAAGAUAUAAGGGAAUACAGUUACAGACAGAGGGAGCGGGAAAGAGAGCGAGAACGAUUUGAAUCUGACCGAGACAGAGAUCAUGAAAGGAGGCCUAUUGAACGAAGUCAGAGUCCAGCCCACUCUCGGCGAGCCCCAAGCCCUGUGAUUCCAUCUCCUCAGUCUGAGAGACACCAGAGUGAUUCUGAGCGGAGAGUUUACAGCAGGUCUUCAGAUCGGAGUGGGAGCUGCAGCUCAGUUUCUCCUCCGAGGUACGAUAAAUUUGAAAAAACUCGAAUAGACCGUUACACCAAGAUUGAAAAGCCUGACAAAGAACGUACUUUUGAUCCAGAGAGAGUAGAGAAAGAGAAACGCCCAGUGAGGAAGGAAAAACCUGAAAGGGCAGAAAAAGAAAAGCCUACUUUUCAGCAAAGACGAAAAGCCAAAAUUCAUUCCCCUGGUUCUCAGUCUUCAGAAACAGAUCAAGAGAAUGAGAGAGAUCCCAGCCCUGAAAAAUGGAAGAGUAAUAACAAACAGAGCAAAGAGAAAGCUGACAAAGAAGGGACAGCCAAAAACCGGCUGGACCUGAUGCCUUGCGUGGUCUUGACUCGAGUGAAAGAAAAAGAAGGGAAGGUUAUUGAACAGCCUUAUUUAGAAAAGUUGAGAACUAAGCUUGAUAAUGACUCUGUUAAAUCUCCAUUUCUGGAUCAGAAAUUCCAGCCCUCUCAAGCGGAUGCAGCAAAAUCUGGUGACCAGACUAAACUUGACAUUGUCAGACCCAAAGUGCCCAAAGAAAAGGUCCCAGUGAGCCACCCAGAAGUGACUGAUAAGGAGGGAAAGCCGAAGCCUAAGAAACAUUUAAAGGACCCAGCAACUGAAAGUGUGAGUGCUGUGGAUCAGGACAAGCUGGAGGCUCGAAAAAGGCGUUUCGCUGAUGUGAAUUUGAAACCAGAUAGGCAAAAACUGGAAGUCAAAAAAAGUAUCUUGGAUGAGGAUGAUGCCAAAGCAGUAUUUAAACGGCAGCCUGAGGCAUCCACUAGAGAAGUAACAGUUUUAAGGGAUGCUGAGUCUGAAAAAAAGCCCAUAAAGAAAGACAUUUUUAGAAGAGAACCUAAAAAACUAGAGAGAAUCAAACUGGAAAAACUUAUUUCUGCUCCCAGCCCUAAAGAGUGUCAAGAACUUGCAAGUAUUUCAGUGGGGAUGAUGGCAAAGCCCCCUCUAGAUGUGCAGCCUAGGCCAGGAGAUACAGUUGAAGAACCAGUGGAAAGUCAAGAAAUUCUUUCCAAAAAAUUUAACCUUAUAAAACCACAGCACAAACAACCACAACCAUUAGAUGAUCAAGGAACAGAAAAAGAAGAAAUUAAGAAAAACUUGAGUGGUAUUCCUGAAGAAAUGGCAGACCACAAAACUAGCCAAGAGAAACCACAGUCAGCAGAUAAUGAGGAAAAAAUUGGCAUCGAUAUUGAUCACACACAAAGUUAUCGAAAACAAAUGGAGCAAAGUCGCAGAAAACAGCAGAUGGAGCUAGAAAUAGCGAAGUCUGAGAAGUUUGGCAGUCCUAAAAAGGAGGUGGAUGAAUAUGAAAGACGCAGCCUUGUUCAUGAAGUGGGCAAACCUCCUCAAGAUGUCACGGAUGACUCUCCUCCAAGCAAAAAGAAAAAGGUAGAUCAUUUUGAUUUUGAAAUUGGCACUAAAAGAGAGAGAAAUUACAGAAGUUCCCGCCAGAUCAGUGAAGAUGCUGAAAGAACUUCUUGUUCACCUAGUGUCCGUCAUUUUCCUUUUCAUGAGGAGGAUGAGACUGUAGAUUCCCCUAGACUAAUACCAUUAAAGGAAACCAAAGAGUCUCCCAAAAUAGAUGAAAAGGGUCUGUCAUAUUCCAAUAUGGCUGUCAGGGAGGAGUCCCUAAAAUUUAAUCCUUAUGACUCCAGUAAGAAGGAACAGAUGGCAGACAUGGCCAAAAUAAAGCUCUCAAGCUUGAAUUGUGAAGAUGAACAAAAUCGGUGGGAAACUCAAAUGAAAGUGGAGCCCAACCGAGUUGAUGUUAGCUUUCCAAGCAGCAUAAUUAAGAGAGACAGUCUUCGAAAGCGAUCUAUACAUAGAGAUUUGGAACCCGGAGAGGUCCCUUCUGAUUCAGAUGAAGAUGGUGAACAGAAAUCUCAUUCUCCCAAAGCUUCAUCAUUAUUAGAGAAUUCCCGGUUGUCUUUUUUAUUGAGAGACAGAGAAGAUAAAAUACGUGAGAGAGAUGAAAGAUUAUCUGGUUCUUUAGAAAGAAACAAAUUUUAUUCUUUUGCACUGGACAAAACAAUCACUCCAGACACUAAGGCUUUGCUUGAAAGAGCUAAAUCUCUCUCUUCUUCUAGGGAAGAAAAUUGGUCUUUUUUAGAUUGGGACUCUAGAUUUGCUAGUUUUAGAAACAACAAAGAUAAGGAAAAGGUUGACUCUGCACCAAGACCUAUUCCAUCCUGGUACAUGAAAAAGAAAAAAAUCAGGACUGAUUCAGAAGGGAAAACAGGUGAUAAAAAAGAUGAUCAAAAAGAAGAAGAACAGGAAAGACAAGAACUAUUUGCUUCUCGGUUUUUACACAGCUCCAUCUUUGAACAGGAUUCGAAACGACUACAGCAUCUAGAAAAGAAGGGUGAAGAACUUGAUAUCCUUUCCAGUAGGUUAUAUGGGAGGCAGACAUCAUCUGAAGGGUCAAACAGCACAUCCGAUUUGAUUCAAGAACCAGUAGUUUUGUUCCACAGCAGAUUUAUUGAACUCACAAGAAUGCAACAGAAAGAAAAAGAAAAAGACCAGAAAUCCAAAGAGAUUGAGAAACAAGAGGAUAAAGAAAACCAACCUGAGACACUGGAAUCUAUUUCUGAGCAUAAAGAGCCAGAACCGAAAUCACCGUCUGUAGUGGGGCCAGCUCCUGGUUCUGCUGCUCCCCAAGAAUCAAGCCCUUUAUCACUGGAAAAGGAGAAAACAGUAGAGGCACCUUUGGCAAAAGAAGAAAGGACUGUAGAGCUGGUUUCUCUAACUGGAGAUCCAAAAUGUGUUACUGAACAUGCUACUGUGACGAUGGAACAGCCAGAAAAAAUGGACUUGCCCCCUGUGUCGGAGACCAACAAAGAAAUUGUUCCUGCUCCUUUGGUUUCACAGGAAAACUUGUCAGCUGAGCAUCCUUCUUAUUUAGAUACCAAGCCUCCAACCCCUGGAGCCUCAUUUUCUUCUCAGGUAGAUAUUAGUAUAGAUCCAGAACCUGAAAGUACCCCACUAAUCUCACCACUUUCCAAACCAGUUCAGAAGCCUGAGGAGCCUAGUGAAGUGAAAGAGGAAAAACCUGCCCCUGCCGCUAAGACUAAUUGUGAUACAAGUCAGAAAGUUGAGGUCCUUCCUGAGGUUCAGCCUCCAGGUUCUGAUAAUGACUUGGAAGUGGAACCACCAGUUGUUGCAAAAGAUAAAAAGUCCAACAAAAGCAAACGCGCUAAGACACCUGUACAAUCAGCUAUAGUUAGUGUCCCAGAGAAGCCAGUCACAAGAAAGAGUGAGAGAAUUGAUCGCGAAAAACUCAGACGAUCUAGUUCCCCUCGUGGAGAAACACAGAAACUCAUAGAGUUGAAGAUGGAGGCAGAAAAGAUUUCAAGAAAUGCUGCUAAAUCACCCAGUUCUGCUAUAGAGAUGGAAAAUAUUGAACCAAGUUUGCCAGUCAGCCGAACUCGGAGAAGAAAUGUAAGGUCUGUUUAUGCCAACCCAGGGGACAAGGAAGAACCAUCUCCUGUUAAAGAUCUAGUGGAACAACCAAGGUCAACCAGGAAACGGGAGAGAGAAGCCCAGGAGAUGGGAUCACUUUCUACUACUCCCAGGAGGGGAAGACCUCCCAAAACCCGCAGGAGGGCUGAGGAAGAUGUAUCACCUGUCAAAGCUGAACAGGAUACAGAAGAGGCAGAACCCAAAGACACAGUGGAAUCUCUCAAACUUGCUGAAGGUUGGCGAUCACCUAGAUCUCAGAAAUCUGCCGCUCCUACUGGGCCUCAGGGGAAAAAAGGAAAAAAUGAGCAGAAAGUAGAUGUCACAGCUGACCCACCUGAAGAAAGUAAUGAGAUGGGUGACCAAGAGUCUGUUAUUAAUGACAGCAGUUCAAAACCCAAGUCUGACAAAGAGGAGACUGGAGGAAGUGAGCAGAAACUGGAUAAAAAAGAAGGAGAUCCAGACAAGAAUCCACCAGAAACUCCUCCAGUUGAGGCUGUGGAGAAAAAACAAGUCCCAGAAAAAAGUUCUAAAUAUAAGCGAGGAAGGUCUCGAAAUACCAAACCCUCAGUGGACAAAGCACCUCUGUGUCUGAAGAAUGUAGAGAUUCGUCUCAAUGUUGAUGAAGUGAAAGGAGCUUUGCGGCCUACCGAUGAGGAAGGAGAACCAGUGGCCACCAUGCCCUCAAAGAUUAAGAGUCCUGCAAAGGAAGACAGUCUAUCACCCCAAAUUAAGAAUGAGCCACAAGAUCUUGUUAAUGAGUCAGGAAAUGAAGUUGUACAGGAUCCCAAGGAGUCCCCAGAGGCAGCUCAGUUAGCCAAGCAGAUUGAGCUAGAGCAGGCUGUCGAGAAUAUCGCAAAGUUGACAGAGACGUCCUCCCUCGCUGCCUACAAAGAACCGUCAGCUGAGGUGACAGAGGUCCACCCAGAAGAGGAGGGAGACAAACCUGCUCACCAGGCCAGUGAGACAGAACUUGCAGCAGCCAUCGGGUCCAUUAUCAAUGACAUUUCUGGUGAGCCAGAAAACUUCCCAGCCCCUCCAACUUACUCUGCAGAAUCUGAAGCUGAGAUAGCGACAGAGCCUCUUGUGCAGGCAGAGAUGGAACCAGAAACGGAUCAAGCUGUGUCUGGUAUUUUGGAAACAGAUAAUGCUGUCGAGCCUUCGGUGCCACCUGCAAGUGACCCGGCUCCGUCAACACUCCCGGGAGACUCUAAGGAUCCCGAAGGGAACACAAAUGUGUCUCCCAGCUCUGCCCAGGAGCCAGAGGUGGUGUUACAAGAGACAGAAGUUUCUCGGAAGGAUAGAGUGCGCCAAAAGUCCACACGGUCUCGCCGGAAGAGAAGUACCAGUAAGAAAGGGGAUGCUGUGGAGGCAAAUGCUCUUGAAUCUGAGCAAGCCCCAAACAAGUGUCCUGUCACCAGUGAAUUGAAGUUAAAACCCCCAGAAACACCAAAAGAAGACAAGCAAAAUAAAAAUUCCCAUCCCGUCUCCUCUGAGCCAAACCCUACUGACUCCAGCAAGAAUCCAGCCAAUGAGACGAUUUCCAUCGAACUUGCUGCUGAAGAAGACCCACCUGCUAAGGCUCCAGCCCCGCUGGACCUACCCCCUCAGCCAGUGCCAGUGGAUGAUGGGAGUCAAGCUAGUUUCAAGGUACGUUCAACUAGUGAGAAUGCACCAAUUACCCCACCCAGUGUUCCAAGCACACCCACUCCCACGAUUCCUUCUGCAGCUGCAGCCAAGCUCCCUACCCCCAUCCCAUCUGGGAUGGUCCCACAUCAUCCAAGCACCACUAAGGUGACAGACUGGAUUACGAGGCAUGAAGAGGCCCGGGCACGAUCCACCCCACCUCCAGCCCUUCCCCCAGACACAAAGGCCUCUGACAUUGAUACCAACUCCAGCACUUUGAGAAAGAUCCUCAUGGAGCCCAAAUAUGUUUCAGCCACAAGUAUCACUUCCACUCAUGUAACAGCAGCCAUUGCUGAGCCUGUCAGUGCCCCUCGCCUAGAAGAGGUGCCUCACCCCCCAGUAGAGUCCAUAAAAGCAGUUUCAGAAGAGAAACCCGCUGUUCCAAUCCCCAAUACCUCUGAUCUGUCUGCAGCAGAGGCCCCAGUGUUUACUGAGAAAGAGAAGGUCACUACAGUCAUUGCUCCCAAAGCCACUUCUGUCAUUAGCCGGAUGCCUACAAAGAACGAUUCGGAAGAGUCUCCACGGGUGACUUCCACGAAGCAAACCCAGUCAGUCCAGACGUGCCUUGGGAAUGCGCUGUCUUCAAAAUACAAGCCUUGGCCAAGCACUAAUGAGAACAGUCGGUUCCACCCAGGGUCCAUGUCUGUGAUUGAAGAUCGGCCCUCAGAAACAGGCUCCGGUCCAGGACUUCGAGUGAACACGUCAGAAGGCGUGGUGCUCUUGAGUUAUUCUGGACAGAAGACUGAAGGUCCCCAGCGCAUCAGCGCCAAGAUUAGCCAGAUUCCCCCAGCAAGUGCCAUGGACAUUGAAUUCCAGCAGUCAAUGUCCAAGCCACAGGUCAAGCAAGAAUCCGUUAUGUCAUCCCAGCCAGCUCCAAAAUUGGGUUCUCAGACUCCCACGGGCUAUGGGAGUGUCCCCACUCAUUCUUCCCUGGUCCUAGGAUCCCAACCAUAUACCACCUCUCCCGUGAUAGCAUCCAUUAAGCAAGAGCGCCCAUCUUUGGAGAAAUUAGAGCCAAGUCACUUGUCUGUGUCCACACCUGUCAACCAGGCUGGCCCAGGGAAAGGCCUUUCACAGGCAGCAAACACUCCACCAGUGUUGGUUCACAGCCAGUUGGUCCUCUCCCCAAGUGUAGCUUCCACCAACAAAAAGCCUCCUGACCCAGGCUCACUCAAAGUGGAGACCAAGGUCCUCCAGCCAUCCAGUCUGAGCCCUGGGCUCAGCUCACAUCACUCACCUUCCCUCUCUGGCAAACUGCAUUCAGAAGCAAAUCAUGUUGGCUCUGGACCCAGUACCCCAACAGAUCGAGCCAUCUCUCAUUUGGGAGUCUUAAAGCAAGAGCCACACUCUCCCCGUACGAGCGGGCACUCCCCUUCUCCGUUCCCAAGGGCUUGCCAUCCCGGCAGUACCUCUUCUCCAGUUUUAUCCAAUAAUGCAUCAGUCCUGUUGGCACCAGGAAUUCCUGUGCCUCAGUAUAUGUCUAGCAUGCACCCAGAGCAGUCUGUCAUCAUGCCCCCUCAUAGUAUCACCCAAACCGUGUCCCUCAGCCAUCUGUCCCAAGGGGAAGUGAGAAUGAACACCCCCCCUCUGUCCAACAUCCCUUACGGCAUCCGGCCCGAGGGACUCCACUCUCCGAGGGCCCCUCUGCAGCCCCAGAUGGAGAUCCGACCGCAGCGCUCUGGCACUCCCCAGCCGGCCCCUCUCGUCAUCCCCCCGCUGUCCUCCCAGCACCCUCCCGAAGACGAGAUGCACUACCACCAUCCCGUGUGCAGAGGGGCGGCCACCGGGCAGUCGGACAUGCUGGUCGUGCAGCCUGAGUACCGGAUGCACCCGUACACCGUGCCCCGGGAGGUGAGGCUCAUGAGGCACCCGCACGUGGCCGCCGUCGGUGAGCACCACCUGGACGCCAGGCAAUCCCGGACCCCAGAAGGGUCGGUGAAAACGCCGCCAGCCAGCAAGACCCCUCAGCCAGGGAAGGAGAACCCGGCCCCCAAAGCGUCCGAUGUCGCAAUGGCUCCCUCUCCCCACAGCGAGCCCCGCCUCCUUAGCGUCCCCCCGGGGGGCCAGCUUCCAGGGCUCCCUCUGACCCCCCCCGGGGGCGUGCCCCACAGUGUUCAGAUCAUUCAUCCCCCCGGGGAUGUGUACCAUGAGUACAGAUAUGGUGACCUCCGGAGCUAUCAUACAGCGCCUCAGCUUGGGCACCCUCAGUUUCCUGGUGCUUCCCAGAUUGGACUGCCUUCCCGGAGCAUGACCCCAUCUCAGGUCCCGUCUGAAGGGGAGCACUCUCACGCCGGCCAGCCCGUGCGAAGCAAAACGCCUCAGGUUUCCCAGGACGUCAAGGCCACCCAGACGGGAGCCCCCGAGCAGAGCCAACACGCCGCUGGGAACAGGCACUCGGGCCAGCUGGACUCCCAUCUGCACGUUCAGCGGGCGCAGGCAGAGGCCGGUCAGACCUCCUACCCGUCCCCGGUGGCCGUCUCCAUCAAGACCGAGCUGCCGUCCCCCCACGCCCCGCCGGCCGUGCAGAAGCAGCCCCUCCUGAUCCCCGCCGCCUCCGGCCCGGGAGCGUCCUCCGGCCUGCCGCGCCCCGAGCCCCAUUCUGUCCUCAAGCAGGAGUUCUCUCCUCAGCCUGUUUCCCAGAGACCCGUGGACAUGGUCCAGCUUCUGAAGAAGUACCCCAUCGUGUGGCAGGGCCUCCUGGCUCUCAAGAACGACACCGCGGCCGUGCAGCUCCAUUUUGUCUCUGGCAACAACGUCCUGGCCCAUCGCUCUCUGCCCACCUCCGAGGUGGGUCCCCCGCUGAGGAUCGCCCAGAGGAUGCGCCUGGAGGCUUCCCAGCUGGACGGGGUUGCUCGGAGGAUGACGGUGGAGACGGAUUACUGCCUGCUGCUGGCCUUGCCCUGUGGCCGAGACCAGGAAGACGUCGUGAACCAGACCGAGUCCCUCAAGGCUGCGUUCAUCACCUACCUGCAGACCAAGCAGGCCGCGGGCAUCAUCAACGUUGCCAACCUGGGUUCCAAUCAGCCCGCUUACGUCCUCCAGAUCUUCCCUCCCUGUGAGUUCUCCGAGAGGCACCUGUCCCGCCUGGCUCCCGACCUCCUCGCCAGCAUCUCCAACAUCUCCCCCCACCUAAUGAUCAUCAUCGCCUCCGUGUGAGCGUCUGGCAGGCUCGCGUCCGAGCUGGUUUAUCCUCCCCAGGGCCCUGCAGCAAAGACGAAGAACCAAGCCGCCGCCGCCGCCGCGAAGUCUGACCAAGAGGACGAUACGGAAACAGAGUGUGAAGCAUUUGCUGCUGGACGCCCAGCCUCGGCCCCGGGGCCUCGAUCAGACUGUGUGCGCUGGGUGUGGUGCUGCUACCUUGUAUGUUUACAUGAUGCUUUAGCUUAUGGACAACGAUGCACUCAGCAGGCAGAUUGAGGCAUGCGCGUGGGAUUAAAGAAAAAAUUUUUUUUAAACAAACAGAAAAAGAAAAAAAACCUGAACUGCCUUUGCACUAAAUUAGUGACUUGGACUUUUGCACAGUUGAAGACAUGCUGUGACGUUCUGGAUGUCUUGAUGUACAUUAACACGCAUCGCGGACUCAAAACGCAGGAUUUGGAAACUUCUGCAGAAAUCUAGGGGUCAAGGAACAUUUCAUUGGAUUGUUUUUGCCCCUUUCCCUUUCUUCCCUCCCCCAGUGCCCCUUCUCUUCUGGACCCCCAUCAUCCUUCUUAAUCAGCUCUCCCGCUGCCACCAUCUUUAAUUCAUCCGGGAUGUAUAGUUUACAUUGGGACAAAAACAGCAACGGGAAAACCUUCAUUUUCCUUCCUGGUGGGAUAUGCGGAACUCAGUGGGUGUGUGUGUAUAUAUAAAUAUAUAUAU